AAUAACCCCGUAAUUCUGCGCAGCUGCACUAAGGCUGAGAAACAGCUACCGCCCUCUUCAUCGUGCGCAAGCGCACUACUCAUCCACUUCCUCAAACGUCUGGGUAAAUGCCAGUGCAGAGGAUAUGCUCGUGAAUUAUGGCCAAUCCCUUAAGAUACGAAGUAUUGACUCUUUACAAAAAUUUGCUGUAUCUCGGAAAGGAGUAUCCGAAAGGAGCGGACUACUUUCGAACCCGGCUGAAGGCAGCUUUUGUGAAAAACAAGGAUGUCCGAGACCCAGAAAAAAUUAAAGAGCUCAUCGCUCGAGGGGAGUUUGUCAUCAAAGAGCUGGAAGCUUUAUACUACCUGCGGAAAUACCGAGCUCUCAAACAGCGUUACUAUGAGGACGAUGAUAAGUGAUCCGCAGUGCUGUUGUGGGAGUUGGCAAAGGUGUAAGCAAACGGCAAGGGAUUGAUCUACAAUAAAAAAAUAGCAUUACGGCAGGAUCACAGAAACAUAGAGUUGGAAGGGACCUCCAGUCCAACCUCUAGGAUCCCUGGCCAAACUGACCUGGGGAAAAUUACUUCCUGAUGCCAAUGUGGCGAUUGGCAUUACCCCGAGCGUGUAAGAAAAGGCCACAAGAACUAAGCACUGGUGUAACUUCCUGCCCUCCUCCUUGUGAUCUGCCAAGGUUCACAGAACCAGCAUUGCCAUGCAUGAACCCAGCUUAUUGCUGGGUCCACACAUACUCGUAACUGGAAAAUCAGAAAGUAAACUCUCUUACCUCUGAUGUACAAAUAUAAAUGUGCAGGUUAAUUGUAGUUAAUCCAGGCUUGAAAUCCUGGGAGACUAAAUUCUGGUUUAGAGUCCUACUUUGUGUGACAGGGAGAAUUAACUCCAUUUAAGCCACAUGCCUGCAUUUGUGCGAUAGGUAGUCUAUCUGAGAUUCUCUAUGUAUCCCAGCUUAAUGGAGGUUAAAAGUGAAGCCCAGCGCAGCCCGUGUGCAGUCAUUUCUUAGGAACCUUUCUAUUCCUCCAAAAGGCAUCUGUUGUUGUAAAAUCUAUAUACUAGAUUAGCAUGGCAAAGAAAAACACCCUGUUAAAAAGGAGGGUGAGGUUGAUGUUUGAACUUUGGCAGUCAGUGAAGGAAGAGAGACUCUGGAAAGGGAUGAACUACAAGCAGGGUAUGGGUGAUAUUAAAGGAACUGGAAAUUUUGUGCCAAACAGACUUGAAUGCCAUAACUGAGAUAUGCCUACUGCUACUUGCGAUCUUCAUUUUGUAAAAAUGAUUAUUCUUUUCAGAAAUAAAGAUUUGAGCACAUUGA